CGGGAGGCUGUUGCUGUGGGGGCCGUUCCAUCGAUUUCGUGGCUCCGGAGCGUGAUGAACGUUUUACUGGAGAUAUCAAGGGGGUUGGAGGAGGGGCCACCCUCUCACCUGCGCGCGUUUCUGGACCAGCCACGAUUGGAUGGUUUGAUGCGGAGCCACUAUGAGGAGCUUGAGGAGGGGCAAGCUCUAAAUGCCGUGCUGGAGGCUCGAUAUUACGACGACGACGACGCUAUCGAAGACGAAGCUGACAACGGAGAACGCGCCGACAGUAAUCUCUGUGUGUGUUUUCUGAUUGACGGCAGCGGCAUCGACAGCGGUGACAAUGGCGAGCUUAUCUGUACCCCCGUUCAAUGCGACAACAACGACGCUAGCAGAGAUAACUCCAAUCUCACGGGCAUUGCCGUCUGCUCUAACAACAACAAUAACGACAGCAACAACAACAAUACCGGCAAAAGCAACGACAACAAUGACGACAACGACAACAACAACAACAACAACAACAACAACAACAACAACAACAACAACAACAACAAUAACAACGACAACGGCAUCGGUGCAGAAGGUGAGCAGCAUGGGAGAGAUGAUGGCGACAAAACCGUCAACAUCACCGACGAUGACAACACUGAAAACACUAUCGACAUCGUUGACUGCGACGAUGGAAUUGGCACCGACAACGUGGGGGGUCAUAACGACAGCAGCAUCUCUCACGAGGAGAAUAACAAUGACAUUAGCAAAACUGGAGGCCCUCGUGCAUGCAUCCGAAUCAGCCAGGGCAUCAGCAAUGAAGCUAUUUUCAUUGUUGUUGUUGUUGUUAUCGUUGCUGUAGUUGCAUCUGUUCUCGCUGUUGUCGUCACCGCUGCUGCCAUCAUUGUCACUGUUGACGAUGAUGAUGAUGUUGCUAUUGUUUUUGUAAUUGCUGUCGUUGUUUUGAUGAACGCGGUUGUCCUCGCCGCUGCCGAUGAUGCUGAUGUUAUUGUUGUAGUUGCUGCUGGAAUUGCCGCUGCUACCUUCGUUGCUUCCUGCGCCUCAGCCAUUUCGUUCUUGCCCGUCAUCGUGAUCAGCUCCCGAUCUACAAUUCUCUCGCGCAUCUCACCCAUCUCCUGCCAUUCCUCCAGCAGAUAACGCAGGUCUCGGCCCUUUGUGAAGAAGGCUUUGCAGGCUCCCAUCACUUCAGCCGCCCUCCCCCAAUC